AUGUUGAGUCUGAGAAUAAUUGGCUAUCCCCUGAGUCAAUUUUAUUCUUAUGGAUCAACUGCAGCAGAUAACAAUUUACCGGCCAAUGAUGAUAGUUACACUUCCAGUAUUCCUAUAUCUGUUCCAUUUCCUUUCUUUGGGUCAUCGUACAGUUCGGUUUAUGUCAAUAACAACGGUGACGUGACUUUUGACGCUCCAUUAAGUCAGUAUACCUCUCAAGCCUUUCCUGUAAGUGGAUCCCAUAAAAUAAUAGCGCCAUUUUGGACAGACAUCGAUACAAGAAAAGGGGGGGAUUUGUGGUAUCGAACAACAACAGAACAUACCGUUUUACAAAGAGGAACAAAUAAAAUCCGUUCUUUAUUUCCUGAACUACAUCACUUUUCUGCCACGUGGAUGAUGGUUGUAACGUGGGAAGAUGUUGCUGCUUACGGAUGCUCUUCCUCUGGAACUCUACUGUGUUCUCAACGUAACACAUUUCAACUUGUAUUAAUAACUGAUGGGGUUCAUUCGUUUGCUGUAUUCAACUACAAUAAAAUCACCUGGACCAUGAGUACCCAGGUUGGGUUCAAUGCUGGUGAUGGAACACAUUACUAUGCUGUUCCUGGGUCCAUGACAGACAGCAUGUUAAAUCUCCCUCAAUUGUCAAACAUUGGUGUCCCUGGCCAGUUUGUCUUCAGGGUUGAUGAAAGUAACAUUGCUAAUGCUGAUGUCAUUGAUGAGUGUAUCAGUUCGCCUUGUAUGCAUGGAAACUGUUCCAACGAAUAUCUUCAUUACGUGUGUAUAUGUCAACCAGGAUACACUGGCAUCAACUGUGAAAUAGAAAUCGAUGAAUGCCAGAGUUCACCUUGCAUCCAUGGAAGCUGUAUUGACCAACUCAAUCAUUACACCUGUCACUGUGAGCCGGGGUACACUGGAUAUAACUGCCAAACAGACAUCGAUGAGUGUUCCAGCUCGCCCUGUGUUUAUGGUACUUGUUUAGAUCUUGUCAAUGGAUAUGUAUGCAACUGUUUGCCAGGAUAUACAGGGAGGCACUGUGAAAUUGAUAUCGAUGAGUGUCAAAGUUCACCAUGCAUCAACGGAAAUUGUACAAAUAACAUCAACUUCUACACUUGCCAAUGUUUUGCAGGAUUUACAGGAACAAAUUGUGAAAUAGAUAUAGACGAAUGUGCAAGCUCCCCUUGUGUGCAUGGAAACUGUACGGAUCAGGUCAAUGGUUAUGUAUGUGAGUGCAUUCCUGGUUAUACCGGAGUUAUUUGUGAAACAGAAAUAAAUGAAUGUGAAAGUUCGCCUUGCAGUCAUGGCGUAUGUCUUGAUGAAAUAAAUGCUUAUCAAUGUAUCUGUGAUACGGGUUACUAUGGAAGACAGUGUUCAUACUUCGAUGUCCUCUAUUUAUGGCCGCUGCUUGUAGGAUUACUACUUUUACUUCUUUCCAUUUUGUUAUUGUUUCUGUGGAAAAGAUGGAAGAGACACUACCCGGGAGAAGAAGAGUCUGGGGUUCUUGCAUUCAGUGAUGUAUCACUUGGACCUGGUAAAGCAGCUUUCCAAUCUUCUCUACAUGUAAAUACAACAAAAAUUUCGAUUCCUGUAAAAGAAGGUGUUGGAUUUUUUGUGAAGAUGAACCGUUCGUUUACUUCAUCAAGCGUUGUAAAAAUGGUAGAAAAAGUAAAAAUGUCAGCCAACAGAGUUUUAGAGAAAUUGACACCGUUUAGGACUAACAAAGUAACAAUAAAAGACUGUGAAGUAAAUACAAUAUCUUAAGCAAUAUAUGUCCUUUGUAAAAUAAAUUCUAUCGACAAAUUUGUGAUAUUCUUUCAAUACUGUAAUUUAAUUACCAUAUCAUUUUCAUUCAUCUAUGUAUACGUGUUUACUGUGUGAUUUCGUACAAUGUAAGCAAUGAUAUGAUAACGUUAUAGAAAGCAAUUGCUCAGUGUGAAUUUCCAAAAAAUUCUCAAUGUUAUAUGCAUAAAUUAUUCUUAAAUUUUGUAAUGUUAUGAAUAUCAUGUAUAUUUAUUUAUUUAUAUUUUUUAUUCAUUUAUACGUUAUUUAUUUAUGACUAUUUUUCUAUUAGAUUUACAUGUAUAACUGCUUCGAUAUUUUAUCAUCUAGAAACCAUUAUGUUAUACAAUGUGACCAGUCCGUUGUUGGUGUACCAUUAUACAUGAAUAUGUCCAGUUUGUUACAUCCUUCUUGUUAUACAUACAUGUAAUUAAAUGGUCUGUUCAUCAAGGAGUUGUUCGACAUUUUGGUAAACAUAGCACUUUCAAUAAAAUUCUUUAAUUAAAUACACACAUUAGUGUCAAAUUGGUUUCGUAGUUCUCAUUUAAAUUCAAUGGACGAAAUAGCCAAAUAAGUUUUUUUUGGAGGUUGAGUCUGAUAUCAUAAGUGAUGAACCUGUCCGAAGCAAACAUACGUUAUCUUUAUAACUUUUGCACUUUGACCAAUUUCUAUAUAAUUUCUGUUAUGACACAAAUAUGUAUAUGUUCAAUUUGCCUUAAUAAGGCAAAAGUUGAUUCCUCACCUUUGAUUUGAAAGGAAAAAAAUUAACUAUGUUCAAGUAUUUAGCAUUGUUUAUUUUUUUACAUGUUGUAUAUAAUUGGUUUAUAUGAUAAAGUUUUUCGUCAUUUGUUAUUAAAUGACCAAUUUCGAUUCAACUAUGUGUUUUAGUCCAUCAUUUUGAAAUCAAACAAAGCAAAAACAUUCAGAGUGAAGAGUUAACAAAAAUAUAUAUGUUCAGUUUGCCUUACUUCUUACUUGUUAUAUUCCAUUUAAUGGUUUGUUUAACAGUUUAAAUACUCUUUGGUAAUAGCUACUCAUGUUUUAAAACUGCUCUAAUUAAUCACACAGUUAUUUGUCGAAUAGUUUUUGUAGAAUUAAAAGAAGGAGUUGGGUUACUGGUACUCAAUGACUGUUUUCCUUGUUCUUUAAGGCAUGUAAACAUUUAAUAUAGAUGAAUAAGUCAUAUUAGUGUUUUUUGUGGGUUUUUUUUAGUUCUUUAAGAAAAAUGUUAUAGAAUAAAAUUUCUAUAUCCCACUCUUUUUGCUAUCAGUUGUGAAAAAUUUUGGCGCAGUUGUUGUUUAGAGGACAUUCAGUUUGUUUCAAUAAUAUGAUAAUAAUGUCUUAUUGAUAAUGAAAGUUACGUGGGGUUUAAAUUGAUUAGGAAUCAAAUCAAACUGAAUUGUGAAGCACCGACCUGUUCGUCUUCUUUACACAUUCUUGAAUUAUGCAGUGGU